AUGAUGGCUAAUGCUACCACCAACCCAUUGCAACUACUGCCACUAGAACUUGUGGACAAAUGUAUAGGAUCAAGGAUUCACAUACUGAUGAAAAGAGAUAAGGAAAUUGUUGGCACGCUUCUAAGUUUUGAUGACUUUGUCAAUAUGGUCUUGGAAGAUGUCACUGAGUUUGGAAUCACACCAGAAGGAAGCAGAAUUACUAAAUUAGAUCAGAUUCUGCUCAAUAGAAAUAAUAUAACAGUGCUGGUUCCUGGAGGAGAAGGGCCUGAAAUAAGAGGGGAUUUUCUUGACUGA